GGUUCCUUCUCUUCUUAUAAAACUUCGUCGUGGCCUUCGUCCUCUGGCACUAGAGGAGGAGCCCGACAUCGUCUCAGGUCUCUCGCAUCACCGGAAAAAGGAUCUGCUUGCCGGAAUCUGUUGUAGGGCAGCCUUUCUUCGUCUCUAUUUGGCCGGAACCUGGACCGGAGAUAUAGUCUGUCGCUUCUUUGACGCUGGUUGGGCUGUUCGUGGUCGCGGGAGAUUCGUCUGUGAUAAUACAAGGGGUGGGCGUGAAGGUGCGCAGGAGUGCGAGCGAGAAAUGGAAAAUCCGGCGAAGUAUGACUGUGAUCUCAACCUGGAAGCCACGGAGCUCAGGCUGGGGUUGCCCGGAUGCGAGUCCACCGAGAAGACGGCUCCGGUGGGGCAGCUGAAGGGUAAUAAGAGAUCUGCUGCCGACGCUGCUGCCUCCGCUGACGGGGAAACCGCGCCGGCUGCCAAGGCACAGGUGGUAGGUUGGCCGCCAAUUAGAUCUUUUAGGAAGAACAACCUGCACACUUCGAGCAUCUCAAAGAAGGAGGAGGAGGCAUCAGGGAUGUAUGUCAAAGUGAGCAUGGACGGGGCUCCCUACUUGAGGAAGAUUGAUCUCAAAACAUACAGUGACUAUCAAGAUCUUCUCAAGGCCCUGAAUAAAAUGUUCAGCUGCUUCACCAAGGGUGACCUUGCAAGCAAGGAUGCCUCAGAUUAUGUGCCCACUUAUGAGGAUAAAGAUGGUGACUGGAUGUUGGUUGGAGAUGUCCCUUGGGAGAUGUUCAUCUCUUCAUGCAAGAGGUUGAGGAUCAUGAAAGGAUCAGAGGCCAGGGGCUUGAACGCAGGUGGCUCCAACGUCUGAACGAGAAGAAGAAGUUGGUUGUUUGAUCUUAAGCAAUCUGUGACAUUCAGCGGCAUCAUCAAAGGAGAUUUAUGGACUUGGAGAUGGAACUUAGUAGCCCGCUUCUGCGGAUCGGAGCCGACGAGAACCAAGAUGCAAGGAUGGGGACUGAAGAUGGGUUUAAUUGUUGUAAUUUUAGUCUGUAAAGUCUUGACAGCAGGAGACAUGAACAGGGGCAUUUGAGCUCCUUGUUCAUACUGCGAUGUGAAUGAUCUAACUGUGGAAGGAAAGAACAUAUGAAGAUGUUUCUUGUAACUCAAUUGUAUAGAGACUAACAAUUUUCUCCUCAUAAUUCUUCUUUGUGUUUGAAAAAACUUUUGAAAUAUGUCAAACUUUCAGUCUCUCGGUUGUUGAA